AUGCAACAUCUCGCACUUCGAUUCUUUCAAGCGCAAUGGGCAUCGUUGAGAUUUUAUCUGUUCAGGAUCACUUGCGGACUCUAUGAUUUAUGGAAACUCGUGACGUUCAAGGAAGUACACACCACCCUCGCACAGAAAGAUGCGUCCAGCGACCGGGAACACGACACGCCAAGACCCUUCCCACUAACAUCGCAGCAAAUCGACGACAAAAUAUGCACGUUCAUCGAUUCCGUGAAUAAGACUGCCGUUUGUGAAACAGUUUCUGAACUCUAUGGCGACAAGCCUUGCAGGAUCAUUGAUCAGAAAAAUGGUAGUUUCAACAUCUGUUUCUUUGUUCGAUGUGACGUCGUGGAUGUCACAUUGGUGUUGAGGAUUCCAAUCGAUCCCGUUACUUAUAAUGCCUGGGACAAGCUUGUCAGUGAGGUGACGGCAAUGCGAUAUAUUGAACGUAACACCACAAUUCCCAUUCCUCAUAUCCAUACAUAUGGCAGAAACAAGAGGUUGGUAGAGGGUGCGUCAACGCCAUUUAUGGUCAUGGACUGUAUAAAAGGACAACAGCUCCAUACAAGAACGAUGAUGCACGCCACGGAAACCCAACGCAAGAGGCUGUUCAUUGACCUUAUUGAUAUCUUGACCCAACUACGCAAGCUUGAGUUUACGUCUUCAGGAUCUUUAAUGCCAAACCCAGACGGCAAUGAAUCGAAUCCUAUCGUGGGGCCCUUCCUUUCCAUGACUGCAAAUGAGUUUGAGAGAAGCUAUGGGGUGCCGGUAGUCAGUGGGAAUUUUACAUCUGUGAAACAUUUCAUCGACUUCCAUUGCCAUAUGUUGACGGAAACAUAUCGGCUCCCUGUCGAAGAACUUGACCACAGACAGGCGAAAGAGGAAAUAUUCGCGCUUGAAAGCAUACUCAAAGAGCUCCCCACCUACAUAGACCCACAAGAACACCGCCACCCGUUCAUACUAGCCCAUCCCGAUUUGAGGUGUGGUAACAUCAUCGUUGAUGAUGACUUCAGUAUUCGCGGCGUUAUUGACUGGGAGUUCACCAGUUCUAUUCCGCUGCGAAUGUUCACCCCGCCGUCAUGGGUUACGGGUCACGACCCCGACAUGCUGCGCAUCUUUACUGGUACUCCACGAGACAAGAUAUUUUUGGAGUUCUGCGGAGUUCUUGAAGAGCGGCGCAAUACAUCGAACACCUGUGCACAACUCUGUCAAGACUGGGCAUUUCGACAGGGGCAACCUGAGCAAAAUGGAGCGUUUCUUUUGGGACUUUCUUCCAUCGUUGAAAUACUGCGCCACCCUUCCAGUCUUGCAGAUAUAUUCUACUCGUCUAUUUUUCGACGUUCAUUUGGACCUACAGCAUGCCAGGAUGCUGUAAUACAUGACUUUUUUCAUCACCCCGAUAAUGAGAAGCUCGCAGAACAAGUUGAGGUUCAGGUUGAAAAAUCUGCGCGUUACACUGAAUAUCUCAGAAGUCAAGGCCUACUUGUCGACGACGACCAGUCCAGACAGAUCCGAGAAUUUCUUGAAAGAACGAAACAUUUGGUGUGA